AAAAUCCAUUAUCCCAAACCCUAAUAAAAACGCUAAUUGCCGGCGGCGGAGUAAGUUAUUUUUGUUCUGCCUCAGAAGAAGAUAAAAUUUCCAGCACUCAGAAACGCCAUCCAGGAUCCGGUUCAACGGGUCAUCCGAUUUUGACCGGUUCGAUCCGGUUUAUAACUCAGCGCCGUUAUUUCCCUUCACUACUUCGCACACUUCAUUCUUCACCAAUGGAUUCCUCCUCCGAUAUCAAAAACGUGCAAGCCUCACCCGUUCCCGAAGAUCCCGAGAAGAAGAAGAAAAAACUUGAAAAGGAAAAAGAAAGGGAAAGAGAGAAGGCUGAGAAGUUAGCCAAGUUUAAUAAGAAGAAAGAAGCUCAGCAACUAGCGCAACAAGCAGCAUCCAAUGCUUCUAAGAAGAGCGAAAAGAAAACUGCCAAACGCGGUGCAGUGGUUGAGAAUCCUGAGGAUUAUAUUGAUCCCGAGACUCCGUUUGGUGAUAAGAAACAAAUGUCUAGGCAAUUGGCACAGAAGUAUAAUCCAACCGCUGUCGAGAAAUCGUGGUAUGAGUGGUGGGAGAAAUCAAAGUAUUUUGUGGCAGAUGCUAGCAGCAAGAAACCACCUUUUGUGAUUGUUUUGCCUCCACCAAAUGUGACUGGUGCCCUCCAUAUAGGCCAUGCUCUGACAGCUGCGAUUGAGGAUACGAUGAUUCGUUGGCGUCGAAUGUCUGGAUACAAUACUUUGUGGGUGCCCGGGAUGGAUCAUGCAGGAAUUGCUACACAGGUAGUUGUGGAGAAAAAGAUAAUGCGUGAGAGGAAACUUACAAGACAUGAUCUGGGUCGUGAAAAAUUUAUCUCAGAGGUUUGGGAAUGGAAAAACAAGUAUGGGGGCACAAUUUUGCAACAAUUACGCCGAUUAGGAGCAUCUCUGGAUUGGUCUCGUGAGUGCUUCACAAUGGAUGACAAGAGAUCUAAGGGUGUAACAGAGGCUUUUGUAAGGCUUUACAAGCUAGACCGUAUCUAUAGAGACGUACGGUUAGUGAAUUGGGAUUGUGUGUUACGUACGGCAGUAUCUGAUAUUGAGGUGGAUUAUAUUGAGAUAAAAGAAAGGACCCUACUAAAGGUUCCAGGAUACGACAGACCUGUUGAAUUUGGAGUUUUAAAAAAAUUUGCAUACCCUUUGGAAGGGAACCUAGGUGAAAUUGUUGUUGCCACAACUAGGAUAGAAACCAUGCUUGGUGAUACUGCUAUUGCCGUUCAUCCUACUGAUGACAGAUACAGCCAAUUUCAUGGAAAAUAUGCUGUUCACCCAUUUAAUGGCAGAAAGAUUCCUAUAAUAUGUGAUGCUAUUCUUGUUGAUCCAAAGUUCGGGACAGGUGCUGUGAAGAUUACACCGGCCCAUGAUCCCAAUGAUUUUGAGGUUGGAAAACGUCACAAACUCGAAUUUAUUAAUGUUUUCACUGACGAUGGGAAAGUAAAUUCCAAUGGUGGCUCGGAGUUUUUGGACAUGCCUCGAUUUAAGGCCCGGGAAGCAAUAACAGAAGCAUUACAAAAGAAGGGUCUUUAUAGAGGUUCUGAAAACAAUGAGAUGCGCCUUGGCGUAUGUUCAAGAAGCAACGAUGUUAUAGAGCCCAUGAUAAAGCCACAAUGGUAUGUCAAUUGCGGUGAUAUUGCAAAGGAGGCUCUUCAUGCUGUCACGGAUGAGGAAAACAGAAGGGUAGAGAUCAUUCCGAAACAAUAUGUGGCUGAUUGGAAGAGAUGGCUGGAAAACAUACGUGAUUGGUGCAUUUCACGACAGCUAUGGUGGGGUCACCAAAUUCCUGCAUGGUAUGUUACUUUAGAGGAUGAUAUACUGCAGGAAUUAGGUGCGUACAACGACCAUUGGGUAGUGGCGAAAAACGAAGAAGAGGCCAGAGAUGAAGCUAACCAAAGGUAUAAUGGAAAGAAGUUUCAUUUAAUCCGGGACCCUGACGUUCUGGAUACAUGGUUUUCUUCUGGUCUGUUCCCUUUGACUGUACUGGGAUGGCCGGAUGACACAGACGACCUGAGGGCAUUUUAUCCAACUUCUGUUUUGGAAACCGGCCAUGAUAUCCUCUUUUUCUGGGUUGCUCGUAUGGUUAUGUUAGGAAUGAAGUUGGGAGGCGAUGUGCCUUUUAGCAAGAUUUAUUUGCACCCCAUGAUUCGUGAUGCACAUGGACGCAAGAUGUCUAAGUCUUUGGGGAAUGUUAUUGAUCCUAUUGAGGUGAUAAAUGGGAUAACACUAGAAGGUUUACAUACAAGGUUAGAAGGUGGUAACCUUGACCCCAAAGAACUAGCUGUUGCCAUAGAGGGUCAGAAGAAGGACUUUCCAAAUGGUAUUGAGGAAUGUGGCGCUGAUGCCCUCCGUUUUGCGCUAGUCUCAUACACAGCUCAGUCUGACAAAAUUAACCUAGAUAUUCAAAGGGUGGUUGGGUAUCGCCAAUGGUGCAAUAAAUUAUGGAAUGCGGUGCGAUUUGCUAUGAGCAAGCUGGGAGAUGAUUAUAUCCCUCCUGCAAAUUUGACUCUAGAUAAUCUCCCAUUUAGCUGCCAGUGGAUACUAUCUGUGUUGAAUAAAACCAUAUCGAAAAUAACCAAGUCUCUAGAAUUGAAUGAGUUCUCGCAAGCUACCACUGCUGUGUAUUCUUGGUGGCAGUAUCAAUUGUGUGAUGUGUUUAUUGAAGUGAUCAAGCCUUACUUUUCUGGCAAUGAUCCCAAGUUUGCUUCCGAAAGACGGUUUGCUCAAGACACUUUGUGGUUUUGUCUAGACAAUGGUCUGCGAUUGCUUCAUCCUUUUAUGCCUUUUGUCACGGAAGAAUUGUGGCAACGCCUUCCUUCGCCCAGGGAAUCUAAGAGAGCAGAAUCUAUCAUGAUAGCUGAUUAUCCAUCAGCUAUAGAGAGUUGGAAUAAUGAAAAAGUAGAGAAUGAGAUGGACCUCAUUGAGUCUACUGUUAAGUCUAUCAGGUCACUGGCAAAAGAGAGACGUGACAGGCGACCAGCUUUUGCUCUCUGCCGAACACAGGUGGUUGAAGAGAUUAUUAACAGCCAUCAACUGGAGAUCGCAACACUAGCUAAUCUAUCCUCUUUGACUGUGAUCACUAAAAUUGAAGCUUUUCUUUCUGGAUACGCUGAUACUGUCGUAAAUGAAAGCCUUUCUGUGUAUUUAGAGCUUCAAGCAAUUAAUUCUGAAGAUGCUAGGCUUGGAAAGAUGAAGAAGAUAGAUGAGCUGAAAAAGCAAAUAGAAAGAUUAGAGAGGAGUAUGAAUGUUCCAGGUUAUAAAGAGAACGUUUCGCAACAAAUUCAAUCAAAGAAUGAGGAGAAGCUAAAAUCCCUAAAGGACCGUUUGUUGCUUGAGGAAACGGCUGUACUGAGUAUCUAGCUUCAAAGUAUUCAUUCAAUAAUUAACUUUUCCUUGCAUGAGGCAGAAAGUUCCAUCAGUACUAUGAAGUUUCACUUAUAGGAACUUCACAAUUUAUGGCCUGAUUUUGGCUGUCCUACACUAUAACUUUAUUUAGUAAAUGCAAUUUUGAUAAUCUAUUGUUAUGAGAUUUGGGCAAUUGUGUGUUCACCCUUAAGGUCAAUACUGCAAAUUUUGUAAACUUGUUUGUCCUUGUUGGAGGUGCACUCCCAACGUUACGUUUAGGAAACAUCUCUGGUUACGACAGAAACUUUGAAAGCCGUUUGGGUUAAACAGAGCAAUUAUAACUUUGAUUAAGUUGCAGUCAAGACUAAUUUCUUUUCGUGACUA